UGUUCUUUAUUCUAUGUGAUGCAUGGUGGAAGCUGCGAAGGGGCAUAGAGUUUCAUACAAUUAUUGUAAAAAACUCUAUGCUAGGGGUAUCCUUCACUGUCCAAUGCAUGCUCAUCCUAGUCGUUGUGGCAAAGUCUCGAGGUGUUCUGUCAUUGAACUGUUUGAUUAAUCGAGGCUUUUUGGCUGCAAGGGCAUGAGUCGCGAGUGGCGGCCGCUCAUUACGCGAAGCUGCCUGUUUGAAUUCGGGCAUGAGAAUCCGUUCUCCCAUCUGCGUAUAUCGUCAUCGGAGUUUUUGGAAGAAAUAAACGAGCGUGGCGUUUGUCCAAAAUGUCACAAGUCGCGUAUGUACUUUUGCUACACGUGCUUUACCGCAGUCGACAGCAUUCGCGACAGAAUUCCAUACUUAAAGUUGCCCAUGCAGAUUGUCAUUCUGAAGCAUGCUGGCGAAGUUGAUGGCAAAAGUACUGCAGCUCACUUGCCUGUCCUUGCUCCAGACCACGUGAAGCUUUACACAUUUCCCAACAUCCCAGCUUUCGACCCAAAUGAGGUGUUGCUGCUUUUUCCCGGAGAGAAUGCCCAGCCCUUUGAGAAGCUGUGGAAGAGCAGGCAGAAUGGCCAGACAGCCGGCCCAUGUGUCAUUUGUGCAAAGGAGCAUUUCAACAUUCCCUGGAAGACAUUAAUAUUUAUCGACAGUACGUGGAAGCAGACCAAGAGGAUCUAUCUUGACGCAAAGAUUAAAGGGCUCCCGUGCGCAGUGCUGGAGGGCGGCCGUUCGGCAUUCUGGCGCCCUCAGCGGGGCAAGCCAUCCAGCUGGCUGGCCACGGCUGAAGCCGUCCACCUGGCUGUCACUCAGUUGCUGGCUCUGCAGGGAUGCGCCGGACAUGUUGAUGACCUGCUGUUCUUCUUCAAAUUCUUCUACGCCAGGAUAAGGUCACGCUACAGCCAGGCUCAAAGCAUUCCCAGAACAGCGCAGUGACGACAACACACGCGCCCUGAAAAGGACUUGGGAGUGAGCAGCCGGGAACAGCGGUGACGAUCGCUGUUUGUCCACGUCUGCUGGACUGUGCGCCCAGUGUUGGCAGCGCCCACGGGGAGGGCCGAAGCUGGACGGCUGCGGGUUUUGUAAACUACCGAAUCCACGUCAACGUACAUAUUGAGUGUGGAAUCGCGCAGGCCACAAAAACGAACACUGCGGCGUCAGCCUUCGCUGACGCUGACGAGCUCUGUUCGUGCACACGUAACAAGCUUACCAAACAGCUGCCGCCUGAAUUUCGCUCUGAUUCGGUCGUGCGCCGUGCUCGUGCUACAUUAUCAUCCCUGAAACUGUCGCACGAUGUGGAAAGUAGCUCACAACUGGCAGCCGUUGGGUUUCUGUAGCCGAGGGACGAGCGCACUGUUCUUGCCGAGAUUUCUCUACGGGCGUCGACUCCGCUAUUUCAGUCUGUGCCUUGCAGUGAAGGGGGCAUGCAAACUGUACCUUGAAUGUAUAAAGAUAAAAGAGUGUGCUAUCCCUCAAUAAAACAUUGUGAUUUUCCAAACAAGA